AUGGCUGCUCCCAGCCUUCCUUUGGAGGCAGUUGAUCUCAUUGGCAGGUAUUUAUUCACUCCACAUAUAAAUCCUGCAUACUGCCUACUGCAGAGGGGCUUUUGCAGCGCCUUCUUGGCCACGAGAUCCUGGAGGCAGCCAACUGAGAUUGCUCAGUGGCAAGCUCCAGCAGAGCCACUGCCAAACCCAAUCCAGUUUUUCCACCUGGACCUGGACAUGAGUUUUUGCAAAGUCUCAACAAAUCAGCUUCCAGACCACCCACUGCUGGAUUACCAGCUUCUCCAGCAGCCUAUCCUCAAGAUAUAUCCAGAAAGGCCACAGGAUGUCAUCCCAUACCCAAUGGCUGUGUAUGUUCCAGUACGUGCUGGUGAAGACAUGCAAGACUGGAAGGAAUAUGUCUGUGAAGUUCUUUGGAGAGCUGGAUCAGAGCAGCCAGUUGCCACACCAACUGAGCACUCAGGCUUGACCCGAGGGGCGAUCAAGGUCCAGAGCGAGAUGUUCAAGGCUGUGCUCCAGAGUGCAGGUAUUGCCCAGGUGUAUGUGGGAGGACUUGGGAUGAAGCAGCUGCUGCUGCCGAGCCCACAAGAAGUCUUGAAUCAGAUUCCACAUGUACCAGAUGCUCAUACUGCUAUGGACAUUGGCUUCAUGGCAAGGGAUGAGAACCAUGUGUGGCUGUUUGGUAUUCGUUGCAGUGGACAUGGUGUCUGGCAAGACAGACGGAAUGGCUUCAAAUGGAGGGUGCUGCCCUUGGUGUCUGGUUCUCAGAGAAACCUGGGUGGGUUCAUCUAUGGAACCCUCGAAGGAAAACCUCAUGGAUCUGGCCCUUUUGGCAAUGAUGAAGGCAAAGCCAUACAGCUAUAUCCCCUCCUGCACCACACAAGAUUGGCCCUGACAGGACUGGACCCUGUGUGGCCAAGCCACAUGCACCACAUGAUCAACAGGAAGCAAGUUCUUCAGGAUUACACCUUCCAGCUCCUGGGCCGGCUUCAUCAGGCUACUGGUGGCAGAUUCGAGACCAGAGUCAGAGCAUCAGCUGCACAGCCAUUGACAGAGCUGCUGCCUGGAGCAAUGCUGACUCUGGACUACGUCAAGAAGCUGAUGGAAACAGGGUUGAUCCAGAUCAAGCGAAUUUCUCUUCAGGAAUUCAAAACACAUGUCCUGGCAGCAUGGGCUUGGGCAGAAGCAGGAGACUGCUUUGGAGGCAUGGCUGCUCAAGGGCCUGACACAAAUAACCCAGGACAGGUAGCCUUGUUCAAGGGCAAGAGAGUAAUCUACCUCAACUUGCUGGCCACCCUUGGAUUCACUUCCGGGAAGUGGAACACCACCCUGCAGGAAUACAUCUCAGAACCUUACGUUGGGGCCCAAGCUGAUCUGCAUUGGAUUCCAGCCCCCCAUGCAGCACCUGCAAGGGUACCUGCUGCACGUGCCAUGGCUGCACCGGCACUUGGACCAGCCAGGCCUGCAGACAUCUUCCUUGGAGGUGAGGAAUUGGAAGAUCCUUCAAGGCAGAGAGCACGGUUUAAGGUUUAG